CCCCCGCCGCCCGAGGAGGCGGCGCGCAUGGCGCGCUACGUCCUGCACAGCUGCGACUGGGGCGCGCUGGCCACGCUGUCGGCGCAGGAGGGGCUGCGCGGCCGCCCCUUCGCCAACAUCUUCUCCCUCAGCGACGGCCCGCCCGGGCCCUGCGGCGGCAGCGGCGUCCCCUACCUGUACCUGACCGACAUGGAGAUCUCCGUGCAGGACCUGGAGGUCAAUUCAAAUGCCUCCUUGACUGUGUCUUUGGCACAGACUCCUUACUGCAGGAAGCACAAAUAUGAUCCCCAGAACCCCCUCUGUGCUCACAUAAUCUUUGUUGGGAGCAUUGUAAAGGUGAAUGAUUCAGAAGCAGGCAUAGCACAAAAAGCAUUAUUCACUCGCCACCCUGAAAUGGAAAGUUGGCCCAAGGAUCAUAAUUGGUUCUUUGCCAAAUUUAACAUCACCAAUAUUUGGGUCCUGGACUACUUUGGUGGAUUGAAAAUUGUGACACCAGAAGAGUACUACAAUGUCAAGCCUUAGUGGAAGAAGAUCCUUGGUGAUGCUGAUGUGAAAAUUAAUUACUUUGGCUGUUUCAUGAAAGAUUUAUUUUUUCUAUGUAGUGUAGAGCUGAAUUAAUAAUACAAUAAAUCAAACACCUUGCAUUGUUAAUGAGUGUGUAUUACCCUUGUGAAGCAGAUUUAACUUCUCACUAACUUGAAUCAUGUCACACUGAAAAACCUUUGUGCAUAAGCAAUAACUAAAUUUUAUUCAUUGGAUGUGAAUUUGGAAACAUCUGACAGUGUGCAUUCAGAAAUGUUGUGUUUGCUGGAACUUAAACAAUUUGCCCAAUUCUAAAGCUUUCAGUGCCUUAGUUAAAUAAUAUUUUUCUGAGCACUUUCCAAUAUUAUUUUAAUACCAGUUUAGUUUAGAAUUUUAUGGUGAAGUUCUACAGGGUGGCUCAGCUGAUGGAAUGGAAAACAUUGCCUGUAUUACAGGAGCAAAUGAUGUGCUGAGUUCCCAAAUCCUGUUAAAGAGUUUCCUUUGCACACUAAUAAACUCUCUUGUUGGAGCCAUUUUUCUGUUUUAUUGAAAGUGCUGAAAAAUACAGUUGUGUUCAUGCCAGCUGUACCUAUACCUCAGGAUAAGUUCUGGGUAACUCCUCAGCUGAUUAUGUGCCCUGACUCUGUAAUAGAAACAGAUGAGCAGUAUCUAAAAUAUCUGACUUAAGAGCAGUGUCUUGUAAAUUCAGUGAGACUGUUGUGAAGGAUAAAUGUUUUCUGAUUGAUAUUCUGAAAUACUCAGCUUUGUUAGUCUGAUCAAAUGGCAAUUUCUCAGCUUUUAUUACCCCCAACAGCAGAACUGAGCAGAUUUUGGGGUCUGGAAGCCUUACACAGCAAUUUUGGAUUAGUAACCCAGAAGUGAAAAAGAAGCAAUGCACUAUGAUACAAAUGAUUCAUGAUUUGUAGAGAAUGAAAAUUAAUGAAAGGUGUGCUUAAUUAAUUCUGUGUUAAAGUAAGGUGCACCUAACCACAAAAACCACAUUUUUAACAUCCACUCUGAUCUGCUUUGUGCUAAGUUCACAAACACUAAAAAGUGUUUAUGAACAAAUAAGUUGAUUUUACAGUGAGCAAAUAUUACCUAGUUGACUUAGAGCAAAGAAUUUAGACUCCUUAGAGGAGGUUGAUAUAUAGAACAAUGGGAUUUGUCAGGUAAAAUCCCUUUAUCUUAAUAUUGUUGUUCUAUCACUCCUUUUCUCAAAUACUGGGAUGAUUUGUGAAAGUAUAUUUUAUGUAACUUAUUAAGAGUUCUUUCUUCAUAAGGGGAAGGGAAGUACUUGGUACUGUUCUGCUGUUCUACUAUUUAAAAACUUAAAAUAUAGAAACAAUUUAUGUUGAAUAGGUAACACUGAUAUUUAAUGUGAAAUUGAAAAGUAUUUUUAUAUUAGCUAUGACAGUUGUGAAAACUCAAAUGACUCUGUGUCAUGGACUCAAUCCUUUCCGUGAGGACUCCUGAAUGCAUUACAUGUAACCCUGUAAUUUCUGAUGUGUGAGACUGAUGUUGCUUUUGUUAAAAUUAAAAUAUUUUUUUGACA